GCCACCAGCAUCUCGACGAGUAGCUAGAACGCAAGCAAUUCCCCUACCAGUCUACCACAUACACGUCCUAAUUCAGCCGGGCAAAUACAAUGUCGGCUAUUUCAAAGAGCAAGGACUCCGAGAAGACAUCCUGGCCCCUAGGACGUCUGCCAAAGAGACAGCUUCUGCAACAAGACUGGUUGCUGCGAUGUCGCACCAUGCAGGCCUGAGCCACCACCAUGCACCUUCCAGGCCUAUCACCCACCAGUGAUUGAGACCAUAUUGCACAACCAUUCAGGACUGUCCUGCAGCCUAAUAAGUAUUGGAAGAUGCGCCUCAUCUCGUCCGACCAAAUCCAAACUUCAGCCGCAUAAUUCCUUCGAUGUCCAUGUUUUAUGGUCAUCAAUGUCAUUGCUAAGCAAUCGACCAUGCAAGCAACAGAAUGGCGCCUUAUCUCGCGCCUAAUGAUGGACGGCUAACCUCAAUGAAAGCCCUCUUUCGGUCACGUCGUUCGUCGCCACUGACUUCGACGCAUUUGUCAUCGCUAGAACCAUCAGAUACUGGUCAACCCGUGCAGGAGGACGAGCCUGCCGGUCCUUUGACCGCAUCUACAGUGCCUACAGUCUCGACAUCGAAUCAAGCUCGGCAUCAGACUCUAUCGGUCCGCUCGCCACCUGCGGCAUCAAAAUCUACGUCGCCCGCCUUGCAGCCACCGCCUUCGCCUCAUGAACAGGCCAGUGGCGCAUCGACAAAACCGUCCGAAACUACACAGCGGGAUCUUUGGAGCAGAGCAGCAGAGACCAUUGACCCGCAAGUUCUGAAGAAAUGGCUGUUAUCCGAUUCAAGCCUGCGUGCUACUGCCGAAGCCCAGAGGGUGGCGGAAGUGUUAGAGUCGGCCAGAGAACGAGCACGAUUACAGCAGAGGAAAGCCUGGAAACGACGAUGGUCAUCCUUAGUUAGCUCAAUAUCAACAUUCAACUCCCUCGUCGACGCAGGGCUUCAAUUCGACCCGAUCGGUUAUGGAGCGCUUGCAUGGUCAAUCGUCUCAUUCGGCCUUGAAGCUGCCGUUAGCAACAAAGAGAUCGACGACGACCUUGUGGAAAGCUGUGAAUACAUUCGUGCCACGAUCGAUGAGUAUUCCAUAUAUGAAGCUCGUUACCUCGGGCCUCAGGCUCAGUCCAAAGGGCGUAAGGCCCUCGAGAAUUGUAUAGUGGACGUGUACAUGGCUGUUAUCGCAUACGCAGCAGAGAUGAACUAUUACAUCCAAAACAGGGCAGACCGAGUUGUGAAAGCUAUGAACGGCUCCUCGGACUCGUCUUUUGUCGAAUACAAAGCCGUCAUUGAGAAGAGAACAGCCGCUGCUCUCACCAUCAUUGAUGAUAUCCGAAACGAGCUUUCUGAGUCUCGUUUGAAGGAGAUACAGUCCGGCAUAGAUGCCAUCCUUGCGAAAGCCAAUGAUUUCUCCAAGAUCGUGGACUUCGUCGGCAAGCAGGAGAGAGAGAAUAUGCUAUCCUGGAUCUCUGUUCUGGAUAUGGAUACAGUCCAUGUAACUCAACGUGACAAAGCAGAAGCCCCUGAUCGUCAUAAUCCUGGAGGCUGGAUAUUGAGCCAUAAUGAAUAUUUGAAGUGGGACUGCGCAGACGAAACAGCGUCACUCUGGCUCACUAGUGGAGUUGGCACUGGCAAGACAAUCUCCACCUCUACAGUCAUUGAGGAACACAGAAAAGACAGCUCGGGACACUUGGCCUACUUCUACUGCUCUGGUGCUCCUGGAAAUGAUGCGAGUGCUAUGACAGCUGAGAAUAUACUGAAGUGUCUUCUAAGGCAGUUUGCUACAUGCUCAGAAAGAUUCUUUUCUUUGGUUGCGAAAAAGUGGAAAGAAUCGGAGUCUCGUGGUCUCAAGGCCUUGACUCGACUGGAGGUCCUGAAACUCCUGGGCGGUAUCAUCGAAGACGAGCAGACUCUCCAGGCAACGCUCAUCGUCGAUGGUCUUGAUGAACUCGAUGCAGAUACUUUGAGAACACUCCUCAACUCCCUCGCCACACUGCUAGAGGCGAAAUGUGGCAUCUUGAAGGUCUUCGCUUCCAGCCGAUGGGUUCAACGCAUUGAGGAUAUAUUUUCUGCAGGAUUCUGCAUCAACGACAUCGCAGCCAAAACCCGUGGCGAUUUGACCCUCUACGUCGAGUCUGCCGUGAAUGCUGAAACGAGGGAGAAGAAUUUAGGAAAUGGAUUCAUUGACGAUAUCAAGAGGACGCUCCUCGAGAGAGCGAAUGGCAUGUUCAGAUACACCGAGCUUGCGAUCAAGUACAUAUUCGGAGCGACGACUAAACGCAUUCGUGAAAGGCUGGAGAGUCCCUUCCUUUUCCAUCGAGCGGCGACGCUGUCUUGCGACCAAUACAAAGGAGAUCCCGUCGACCAGCUCCUUGCCCGUCGUGUCAUCAAAUGGCUUCUGCACCAAUUCUUGCCGUUGACUGACAGGGCAUUGCUCAAAGCGAUAUCGUUUGGUGUCGACGAUGAGAUAAGCUUGAAGCUUCAGAGUUCGGACAUUGGGAUCGACGAGGUUAAAGCUGCUUGUCACCAUCUUGUCAUCCACAAUCCUAAAUUCCACCGCUUCGAAUUCGGCCACGUUUCUGUGGUGGAGUUCUUCCAGUGGAAGAGCUCUCCAGCUCUCGGCGACUUGGAGGCACAUUCUACGAUGGCCGCGUCUUGCCUGUCAUUUCUGGCACUUCAAGAUUCCUCAGACGAACAGAUUUCUCGGUAUCGUGCAUUAGCGGCAACGAUGUAUCCUUCGAUUCCUUAUCAUGAUAAAGGCACUUUCGAACGUUACGCUAUUCUGAGCUGGAUCUGGCACUGGCGGGAAGCGCAGCACACUCCUUCCGCUGCUCUUCAGGAUCUGUUUGACGGAUUCUGGUUUUACAAGAGUCGCCUUCAAGCUUGCAUCGAAGCCAUCGAUUCUUUUAGCAGCACCCUGGAGUUCAUGGCACACCCGGAUGGUAUUGGUCACCACAGACUGACUCAGAACUCGUGGUGUUAUCUGCUUCGAGUUCUCAUGCAGUGGAAAAGCAACCGCUUGGCCCAGCGAUGGUUUUUGGUUUGUGCGCAAGAUCUUUCCAGUGUUGCCGAUGACAUUUUUCUGAGAGUCCCUGCCGAUGCAGGCUCGUUGUUGUUUGUGGCGGGCAUCAAACUGGCUGUGACAUUUGGCAGUACGCGCCUCUUAGAGUUGACCAAUUCGAAAUAUUUCGCAUUCUCGAAGCUUCACGACUCUGGGACGUCGCUGCUACACCACGCGGCAAACUUACGAAACGCACAGUCUAUUCAAAAAUGCCUCGAGUUGUUUCCGGACGCAGUCAAUCUGUGCCCCUCAGGGGCUCUCAAAGAUGAAUGGGUUACCGUCCCGUUCCUCAUGGCGCUACGACCAGAAAGCAGAUCAGAAGAAACAGAUUCGACAUCUCUGGAACUCUUCCUGAAAAAUCCCAAGCUCGACCUUGGAGCAUCGGAUAAGCAAGGCCGCACGGCACUGCAUUAUUCGUUACCCAAGGGGCUCGAUCGUGUUAUACUCAAUCUUGCGCUAGAAAGAGAUCCAAGAGCCACCUUCCGCUGGGACAUCAAUGGCCGAAACUUCAUGAAGAUCGCCUUCCGUCACCACCCACAAACGCUAGCGAGCGUGCAGGCUCACUAUGCAGCGUACGACCUGCACAGCGCAGCACGGACCAGAGACAUCGGCGCUUUAGACAAGGCCCUUCUCAAACUACACAACGAAAAGGGGACUGCAGCGCAUCAAGACCUCCUCCAAGCUUUGCUUUCCGCAACGGAGUAUGGAACCGUAGAAUGCAUGAAGAUGAUACUGGGAAGCCCGCAUGUGGAUGUCAAUGACCAAGACGAGUACGGUUUCUCUGCUCUCAUGGUUGCAAGCCGGAAUGGAAAGUAUCAUGCGGUCCUGGAGUUGCGCUCCCGAGGUGCAAAUGUAGUCCUGGAGACUCCCGCCGGACGAAACGCCCUGGCCUUUGCCUUCCAAGCGAUCGACUUGCGAUCAGGCCUUUGUGGAGACCGGGCUCUGGCCCUCCUGAAAGCACUUCUCAUCCCCAUGACUCAAAGUCCACUCAACAUCAACCACAGAGACUCAAAGGGCGGCAGGACCGUCCUGCACUACGCAUGUGAACGUGGUGUGGAGAGCUACUUCGGCUGGGCACGCGCUGCCGAAUUAGAUACUCAUCGCAGAAUUGACGUUCGUUGCAAGCUUCUUCGCGAGAUUCUGUCCCACAAGCCAGACAUCAACAUCCGGGAUCGAAACGGGGAGACGGCUCGAGACGUCGCUGAAGGAAAUGCACUUUUUGAGCUUGUGAACUUGCUGGAUCGUGCAAACAUUUCAUCGAGUCAAUCUUCUGAUUAUUCGAGCAAUGCCGAAGAAUUUGCAACGCCCGCAGCGAGCCACGACAGGUUAGACAUCGGGAGCUUCUUCUCUUUCGAGUCCUUCGAUGACCUGUGUUGGGGACUUGCUCGCAUCGGACCUAGUUAUACUCAGGUUCUCCUUCUUGAUGAUAUAUCUUAG